CGACUUGCCUCGCUUGCGAGCCGGGAAGUCGCAUGGCCGUAAAUCAGAGCCAGUUCUGGCACCCCCUUCCUCCUCGCUCCCGGGGAGGCGGCCGCCGCCCGCCGCCCGCAACCCGGUACCACCGCUCCGCUUCGGCACCGCCGCCCCGGCGCCGUCAGUCAAAGGUUGAGGGGCGGGGAGGCGAGGAAAUGGCUCUCACGUGAGGGAGGCGGCAGCUCCGGAUUUACCCUGCCCGCUCUCCGGGGAGGAGACGCCAGCGGGACCGGGGGCCGUCUGCGCCAUGCCGACCAGCUUCACCGUGGUGCCCGUAGACGCUCAGGGAGAGGAGCAGGGGUCUCCGGAGCGGGAUGAACAGCGGCAGGAAGAAGAGGAGGAGGAGGAAAACUGCGAGAGGGACCGGGGCUCCGGGGAUGGGAUUGCCAGGGAAAGUAGUCCAUUUAUUACCAGUGCAAAGAUGGACAGAGGAAACGUGUAUGAAGGAAAGAAUAUGGCUCUCUUUGAGGAAGAAAUGGAUAGUAAUCCCAUGGUGUCAUCUCUCCUCAAUAAACUGGCAAACUACACUAAUCUGACUCAAGGUGUGGUGGAACAUGAAGCAGAUGAAGAAAGCAAGCGAAAGGAAGUCAAGCUCCCAUGUAUGGGCACUUUUAUUGGUGUGUACCUGCCCUGCUUGCAAAACAUUUUGGGAGUUAUCCUUUUCCUACGUUUAACAUGGAUUGUGGGAACAGCUGGAGUUCUUGAGUCUUUCAUCAUCGUGUUCAUGUGUUGUGCUUGUACUAUGUUAACUGCAAUUUCAAUGAGUGCAAUAGCAACAAAUGGUGUAGUUCCAGCUGGAGGCUCUUAUUACAUGAUUUCAAGAUCUUUAGGGCCAGAGUUUGGUGGAGCAGUGGGACUGUGUUUCUACUUGGGUACAACCUUUGCAGGAGCAAUGUACAUUCUUGGUACCAUUGAAAUUUUAUUGACCUACAUUUCUCCAAGUGCUGCUAUAUUUAAAGCAGAGGAGGUCGAUGGGGAAACAGAGGCUAUGCUGAACAACAUGAGAGUUUAUGGAACAUGUAUCAUCAUUCUGAUGGCCAUAGUCGUUUUUGUGGGAGUAAAGUAUGUCAACAAACUUGCACUGGUCUUCCUUGCCUGUGUGAUUCUUUCCAUCAUUGCCAUAUAUGCUGGAGUUAUUAAGACUGCUUUUGACCCGCCCGACUUCCCUAUCUGUCUCCUUGGAAACCGUACAUUGUCAAAACGCAGCUUUGAUGUUUGUGCCAAAUUUAUUGAAAGCAAUAAUGAAACGAAGACUACAGCUUUGUGGCAACUAUUCUGUGAUAGUUCCUUGCUUAAUGCUACAUGUGAUGACUACUUCAGUCUCAAUAAUGUAACAGAAAUUCAAGGGAUCCCAGGAAUAAUGAGUGGAGUUCUAAUUGAUAAUCUGUGGAGUACUUAUUCAGAAAAAGGAUCAAUAGUUGAGAAAAAAAAUCAGCCAUCAGUUCCUGGACCAGAAGAGACAAAACUGGGUGGAUUCCCUUAUGUCUUUACAGAUAUCAUGACCUACUUCACGAUGCUGGUAGGGAUUUAUUUCCCAUCAGUGACAGGUAUUAUGGCAGGUUCAAACAGAUCUGGAGAUCUUAAAGAUGCUCAGAAAUCUAUUCCUACUGGAACAAUUUUGGCUAUUGCAACUACGUCUUUCAUUUAUCUCUCCUGUAUAGUGAUGUUUGGUGCCUGUAUAGAAGGUGUAAUAUUAAGAGACAAGUUUGGAGAAGCAGUUAAUGGAAAUCUAGUGGUUGGCACACUGGCCUGGCCUUCUCCAUGGGUCAUAGUGAUUGGUUCCUUCUUCUCAACAUGUGGUGCUGGUCUCCAGAGCCUUACUGGUGCACCCCGUCUGCUGCAGGCCAUUGCCCGAGAUGGCAUCGUGCCAUUUAUCCAAGUAUUUGGUCACGGAAAAGCAAAUGGAGAACCAACUUGGGCUCUGCUGCUCACUGCUGGUAUUUGUGAAAUAGGAAUUUUAAUAGCCUCAUUGGACAGUGUAGCACCAAUUCUUUCAAUGUUUUUCCUUAUGUGUUAUAUGUUUGUAAAUCUGGCUUGUGCAGUUCAGACCCUUUUACGGACUCCCAACUGGAGACCUCGUUUCAAGUAUUACCAUUGGACUCUCUCAUUCCUGGGGAUGAGUUUAUGUCUUGCCUUGAUGUUCAUUUGCUCUUGGUACUACGCUUUGAUUGCCAUGCUGAUUGCAGGAUGUAUAUACAAAUACAUAGAAUAUAGAGGAGCGGAAAAAGAAUGGGGUGACGGAAUCCGAGGCCUGUCUCUGAAUGCAGCUCGCUAUGCUUUGCUUCGUGUGGAAGAUGUACCUCCUCACACCAAGAACUGGAGACCUCAACUUCUGGUCUUGUUAAACUUGGAUAGUCAGCAGUUGGUGAAACAUCCUAGAUUGCUUUCUUUCACAUCUCAGUUGAAGGCUGGUAAAGGACUGACAAUUGUGGGAUCUGUGCUUCAGGGAAUCUACUUGGAUAAAUGUACAGAAACUCAAAAAGCUGAAGAGAAUGUUAAGUCCUUAAUGGGAGUGGAAAAGACUAAAGGAUUCUGCCAGAUUGUGGUGUCUCCUAAUUUCAGAGAUGGAAUAUCCUAUUUGAUUCAGUCAGCUGGUCUAGGAGGGAUGAAGCACAACACAGUCCUGAUGGCAUGGCCAGAGUCAUGGAAGCAAACAGAAAAUUGUUUCUCAUGGAAAAAUUUUGUUGACACUGUACGAGAGACAACAGCGGCUCAACAAGCACUGUUGGUGGCUAAAAACAUUGAUUUAUUUCCAACAAAUCAAGAACGUUUUACUGAAGGAAACAUAGAUGUGUGGUGGAUUGUUCAUGAUGGCGGCAUGCUGAUGUUACUGCCUUUCCUCCUUCGGCAGCACAAGGUUUGGAGAAAAUGUAAAAUGCGUAUCUUCACUGUGGCGCAAAUGGAUGACAACAGCAUACAAAUGAAGAAGGACCUACAGAUGUUCUUAUAUCAUCUUAGGCUGAAUGCUGAAGUAGAGGUUGUUGAAAUGUUUGAAAAUGAUAUUUCUGCAUUCACAUAUGAGAAGACACUGAUGAUGGAACAACGAUCACAGAUGCUCAAACAGAUGCAGCUAUCAAAGAAUGAAAGGGAAAGAGAGGCUCAACUGAUCCAUGACAGAAACACUGCCUCUCACUCAGCUCCAGUGGUCAAAGCAAAUGUUGCUGCUGCUGUGCCAGAAAAAGUGCAAAUGACCUGGACUAAAGAAAAGUUUGUAGCUGAAAAGCAUAAAAACAAAGAAUCAAAUGUAUCUGGCUUUAAAGAUAUUUUCAACAUGAAGCCGAAUCAAUCAAAUGUAAGAAGAAUGCACACUGCUGUGAAGCUCAAUGGAGUAGUGCUUAAUAAAUCACAGCAUGCUCAGCUAGUUCUCCUGAAUAUGCCUGGACCUCCUAAAAACAGAAAAGGAGAUGAAAACUACAUGGAGUUUUUGGAAGUUCUGACAGAAGGUCUGGAUAGAGUUCUCCUUGUCCGGGGCAGUGGACGUGAAGUGAUCACAAUUUAUUCUUGAUCUGUUUGCACAUUUUAUUCAACUCACCUUCCCCUCACUUUCUUCCAAAUGAGAAAGUGAUUUGCCAUAAACCGAGCAGCUUUGUUCUAGUUCAUUGAACGUAUUCUACUGGUGUUCUAGUACAUUGAAGAUUAUCUGCAAGCUGAAUCUUAUGAUGAUGUGUUCUGGUUAUUCUAGCAAAAAUUUCUAUUUAUAUUAUUAAAAACAUAGAUUUACAUAGAAAAUAUUUCUUUGGUGAAUUAAAAAAGGGUGGAUGGGUUAGGAUAUUUAUAUAUAGUAUAUUCUGACACUGGUUGAACUGUGGUGAAACAUGAAAGAAGAAACGGUAAUGCAAUAGUAGUUUUAAGCAUCUAGAAGAGGAAGCAACUUUUGAUGCUUAUAAUCUUUGAUCUGGAUCUAAAUAAAAGGGAAAGAUUUUAGGAGAAGUUGACUCCCUUCUUUGCCAAAAUGCUGCUAUAUUGCUUCUGCUGGGAUUAGGCUUGGUUCAGGAAACUUCAUUCAGAAGUGUAUGCAAUCACUCUCAUUUUUAUAUUAUGUGCAUAAGGUGUUUUCCAGAAGUUCAUGAUUUACCACACAUGUUUUAAAUAACAUUUUUCUAUUUAAAAUAUUUAGGUAUCUGAAGCCUCCAGGUGGCAGUAAAUUGGCAAGCCAUGUGGGUUUUUUUUCAUUAGCUACUGGCAUUUACAGUAUAUUUCACAAUUAUACCAGUGAAACCUAAGAGCAUCCAACUCAUAGGAAUGCGGUAAAUCCAACUGUUUGCAGAUAUAGCUACAACAAUUCAGAAACCACAGCAAGUUGGCUACUGAAGUGCAGUCUGUUGUUUUUAAACAUGAGUAUUUUGAAAAUGUUGUAGUGCUGCUGUUUAAAUUAAAAUCUGCUUUUCUGAACU